UCUCUUGUGAGUUUUGCUGUAGCACACACUGCACGUUGCUCUUCCUCUCUCUCUGCAGUGUGUUUCAGUCCAAGUUUCCAAAGAAUGAGUCUUUAUCUCAGAGACCAUUGUUUUUUCCUUUUCUCUCUCUAUCUUCUCUCUUUCUCUCUCUGCACUUUUUUCCACUCCAAAACCUUCAUCUCUAACCUCUCCUCCGAGCUAAUCAACUUAUGGAGUUGAAAGGGUCACCUAACCCAAUACCCAUUUCUUUAAAUCUCCGGAUUUGAUCAUCACAACUCCUCAAAAAGAGAAAAAAACACCAAAAAAAAACUCACAAAGCAAGUUUUCCAAAAUUUUUGUAGCCAAGUUUUAUCUUCUGGGUCUAUGAAAUUUGGGCUCGAAAAAUGUCCCACUCCCACGUUGAGUUAGAGCAAGGACAAGGUCAUCAGACUAACCACCACCGUUCGAUCGGCGGGAGUGACGUCAGUGCCGACGGGAGCGUUUGCUUCUCCGACGCCGACGAAGGCUCUUGCUAUUCCCAGUUCUUCUCGACGACCGGCGGUUCGUACGACGAGUACAGUUUUCAGUUUGUUUGUGAUCCCGAGGCUGGUAUAAUUCAUGAUUCUCGGAGAGCUUCUUCUGCUGCUUCUGAUUGUUCUGUGAGAGUACUGGAAGUGGAAACUGAGAAUGGGGUUUCUGAGAUUAAGGUGCAUUUGGCCAAAGUAGAGAGAGAUUGUAGGAUUUGUCAUCUGGGUUUGGAGAGCAACAGCCAUGAAUCUGGUGUUCCUAUUGAAUUGGGUUGUUCUUGCAAGGACGAUUUGGGUUCUGCACACAAGAACUGCGCCGAGGUUUGGUUCAAGAUUAAAGGAAAUAAGACAUGUGAGAUUUGUCAAUCCAUUGCACGCAACGUCGCAGGAGCAAGUGAGAUUGAGUUAGCUGAGCAGACAAACGAAUCCAAUAACGCGUCUGCAAUUGCUGCAAUCUCAGCAUCAAUGUCUUCUUCGGAGUCCCGAAGCCUCUGGCACGGUCGUCGCUUCCUGAAUUUCCUUCUUGCUUGUAUGGUAUUUGCAUUUGUUGUAUCAUGGCUCUUCCACUUCAACGUGACAUCAUCAUAAGAUCUUUAAAACAAGGUUCCUCAGCCAAAGGGUCUUAAAAGGAUUCAAAAGGCUGCAUAAAAAUUGGUUUCUAUGACGACGAUGAUUAAUUGAGAAGUUUCAACUUCCAAGCACUGCAGCAUUCAAAAAGGUAUCAAAACACAUUCAGGUGCUGCUGUUCCAUACCUGUAGAAAGCUUGUUGUAUCUAUGUUUGCUCACUUCUAAUACAUUUACAGCAUAACGAGGCUUUAUUUUACCUUAUGAUUUAUAAUUAUCAUAGUGAUUUUAGUGAUUUCUCCAACAGUACUUACAAUGUUAAAUAUAAUAGUCUUG